GGUGCAGUCAGCUGGUCCGUCGUCAGGCAGUGCUCCCGGAGCCCGCCUUGGCAAAGUUGUGGUAGCUCGCUCGUAUGCACCUCCGGACGGCGGACUGAGUGCACGAGACGGUCGGGGCUCGAGGGACGGAAGGCGUCCGUCCAUACGGCGCUAAAUGGCAGCAGGCUGUUGUGGCACCAAGAAGCAGAAACUAAACAACUCGCAGAGCCUGCUUUCGUCUGAAUCGAGCGACGGCCACUCGAGCACGACCAGUAUGACGUCGAACGGCCCCAACGGCACGGUUGCCCUGCCGGAGAUGUGCUUCUAUUGCUUCGAUGUGCUCUACAGCCAGCUGUUCAAUCUCGAGCCGCCGAAGACGCCUACGUUCAACAAUGACGCAUAUCCACUGUUUGUAACAUGGAAGAUUGGUAAGGACAAAAGACUACGCGGUUGUAUUGGUACUUUUAACGCGCUGAACCUGCAAAUGGGAUUGCGGGAGUACGCCAUCACAAGCGCGUUCAAAGACUCCCGCUUCAACCCGGUGACGCGUGAUGAAUUCACCAAGCUAUCGGUGUCCGUAUCAAUUCUAAGACACUUUGAGGAUGCGGCCGAUUAUCUCGAUUGGGAGGUCGGUGUGCAUGGUAUCCGAAUUGAAUUCAUCAACGAGAAAGGCAACAAACGCACUGCCACUUUUCUACCUGAAGUUGCACCUGAACAAGGUUGGGAUCAAAUUCAAACCAUUGAUGCGCUUCUGCGCAAAGGCGGCUACAAAGCGACGAUUACAAGCGAGGUGCGCAAAGCCAUCAAACUAACGCGCUAUCAGAGUGAGAUCAUUUCGGUGACGUACCAGGACUACGUCAACUAUUGGAACGGCCGCCGGUGCUAGCAGCUAGCGUGGGGGGCGAUGCCGCCUCCGCUCCGGCCGCCCCAACAUUUCAACCACUACGACUACAAUUAUCUCCACCAACAUCACCCACGCGCACCGCUGCAAUGCGCGCACUUUGUUGCGCGUCCACCGCCACCGCAGCUCUUGCAACCGGUGCCUGUGUGGUGGAACUCGUUUCCGGGCAGCCCCGUCUACCAGCAGGAGUUUCCACCGCUCCUGCUUAGCCCCGGCGCACAGACCUACGCCAUCCGCAAACGCAAAUAACGAGCAACACGAGUGAAUUAUAUUUAAGACGUAAGAUAGGAAUUUAUAUUAGAUACAUAUUGAGAAUUCUAUUAAUAUUUCGUGCCUCAAAAUUUAACAAAUUCGAAAGAAUUGUCGGUUGGGUAAUUAAUUAGAUCCGCUUUCAUUUUGGGAGGGGGCUUUCGAAUGCGACGUGCAUUGUCAAUACUUCAUUAAACAUUCUAUCAAAUGUCAUACCAACUCUACCAUGAUCAUGAAGGUAGCAUACAAAUAUUGGAGCUGAACGUUUAUUUCUCACGUGAAAAUUCAGUUCAAGAUUUUCAUUUGCUCUUUGUAAUUGUUCUCAAUAUUUGAUAGAAACGUUCCGCUUCAAUCAGUGUCAAUAUAAUCAAUUGGAAAUCAAAGCUUCACCAGAAAACUUUGCUGACUUACUUACGGUAGAUUAAUUUCAUGAGGUGAUCCGACGAAAUAGCGUAAUAUGCAAAAAGCCACUGCCAUUUUCAUCCCUUACGAAUUAUGGAGACAAAACUAAGCUGGCAUGAAUGAUGCUCAACUCAAUAAUUACUGUUACUAUUGGAUGAACCAUCCCCUAUCUGUAGAGUUAGCGCAUAGCCCGGUGGAUUUAAGUAGGCGUAUUAAUAUGACCGUAAAUCAUGACGACUCGAUGACGCCAUUUUGUACGAGGAGCAACCCACAUAACCAAACGCAUUGAUCUCCACAUUCACAUCAAUUAAUUCUUGUUUUUACUUUACAUAUAUAAUUACAUCACAAGCAUUUGUUACAUUUUAAUUUUAACUGUGAUUUUUUUUUUGCUUAAUUUAAAGUUCAAAAAUUCAUUCUUAUUUUACAAAAAAAAUGUCACUGUACUUUUGAAAGAAAGUGUCUCAGGUAUAAAAUUAAAUCAUCAAAUCAAACGAAAUUAACGUUAACGAACUUGUAGAAUAAUAGUUUAUUUUUAAAUGCUAACAGCAGAAAAAAAGAGACACGUUUGUAAAUGUAAAUCGACCAUUUAUUAUUACGAUUGAUUUUCCAGAGUACGUUUAUUGAUAUGUUAUUGGAAACUUAAUGAUUAUAUUAGAAUUCUAUGAUGAAUUGUCAAGACUUUUAAAACCACUGGUUACUUAUAAAGAAUAUUAAUCGAUGACAA